AGGGAAGCUUUUAAUGUUUGACGUAUUAAUAUUUUUUUGGAAGCUGCCCAGAGUGGCUGGGGAAGCCCAGCCAGAUGGGCAGGGUAUAAUUUAUUUUUAUUUUUAUUAGACACCCCCCAAGCCAAGGAGAUAAGUAACUCUACAACUUCAGAAGACAUCUGAAGGGAAGUUUUUUAAAAUAUGUUUUAUUAUAUUUUUAUCCAAGGUGACUGGGGCAGCCCAGUCAGAUGGGAAGGGUAUAAAUAAUAAAAUUAUUACUAUUAUUAUUAUUAUUAUGGAAUAGGGCGUCUCAAUUUUCUUUGAUGAAAUGUUGCAAGGUAUUCCAAUUAAUGCUUUUUAUAGGAUAUUGGACACGGUGCGAGUUUAUGGCUGCCAAGUAUUGGCCUGAAAGGAAGCGCAGCCGGCGUCAUGGAACUGCCGGAGGAUGGAGCUUGCAAGUGUUAGAAUGCAAAACGCGGACAGGUUCAGGCGCGCAAGAAGGUGGGGGAAAGGGGAGCCCGGAUGGCUCAGUUUAAGAGCACGGCGCUGAUAAGGCCAAGGUUGCAGGUUCGAUCCCUUGUAGGGGGCAGCGGCGUAUUACUGCAUUGCAGCGGGUGGGACUAGAUGACCCUCGGCUCCCUUCCAGCUCGACAGAUUCUAUGAAAGCGCAUGGAGCGCGGAAGUUGCAUUGCAAGUAGUACGCAAGGGGGGGCGCAAGGGUUGCAGAGAGAGGGAGGGAGGGGGGACUCGGUCCUCCGCUGGACGACUGACCCGGCCGGGCUCUGUUUCCCAGGGAAGCAGGAAGUUGCAAUCGAAAGGCGGCGGCGGCGCUGGGGGCGUUGCAGAAGCGCCCUGCUCCCUCUUCCGCGGAGGGAAACGCUCCUGCGGAGGCGAGAGGCAGCGAGGAGGCGACGAGAUGAUGGGCAGAAUAAUGGGAAUUCUAUGCUGUCGUCAGAAACUCCUGCAGCUGAAGAAGGAAAAGAGAUGGUUGCAGAUGAAAGUGAACUUAAGAAGCACGGAGAAGAGAAAUCCUCACCUCCUAUGGAGGUUAAUGCCCGUGAACCCCAAAUCCUGCAGGAAGAUGGACAAGGAAACAGCCAGAAAAUAUGCCCUGUGUGUGGGAAGAUAUUUAGAUACGAGUCAAAGUUAAAUAGGCAUUGCAGAAGCCACACGGGGGAGAAGCCAUUUAAGUGCACUGAGUGUGGAAAGAGCCUGAGCUCCAGCUGCAGCCUUCUUAAACAUCUAAGAAGCCACACCGGCCUGAAACCGUUUAAAUGCAUGGAGUGUGGAAAGAGUUUCUGUGAGAGCAGUACCCUCCUUACGCAUACGAGAACGCACACUGGGGAGAAACCAUUUAAAUGCACGGAAUGUGGGAAAACCUUCAGUAGGAACAUGCAACUUACUUUGCAUCAGAGAACACACACAAGGGAGAAGCCAUUUAAGUGCUUUGAGUGUGGACGGACCUUCAAUCAGCUCAUUAAUCUGACUUCACAUAGCAUUAUCCACACAGAGGAGAAGCUAUUUAAAUGCAUGGAAUGUGGGAAGUGCUUUGGCGACAGCAGCGGCCUUACUCAACAUCAGAGAACCCACACAGGGGAGAAACCAUUUAAAUGUACAGAGUGUGGAAAGGGUUUCAAGCAGCCCAACCACCUUACUAUACACUACAGAACGCACACCGGGGAGAAGCCAUUCAAAUGCAUGGAAUGCGGGAAGAACUUCAGCCAGCUGGUUAACCUUACUUCCCAUCAGAGAAUACACACCGGGGAGAAACCCUUUAAAUGCAUGGAAUGCGGGAAGAGCUUCACUGAUAGUAGCGGCCUUGCUCAACAUCAGAGAACCCACACAGGGGAGAAACCCUUUAAAUGCACAGAGUGCGGAAAGCGCUUCCAACAGCCCAGCCGCCUUACUCUACAUUAUAGAAUCCACACGGGGGAGAAGCCAUUUAAGUGCACGGAGUGUGGAAAGAGCUUCAGGCAGCUCAUUAACCUCGCUUCCCAUCGCAGGACCCACACAGGGGAGAAACCCUUUGAGUGCAGGGAGUGUGGGAAGAGGUUUUGUAACAGCAGCAACCUCAAUUCUCAUAGCAGAACACACACUGGGGAGAAACCGUUUAAAUGUGCAGAAUGUGGGAGGAGCUUCGCAAAGAAGAAAAGCCUUACUUUACACCACAAAAAACACACAGAAGGAAGAGAGGGAGGGAGGGGGGACUCGGUCCUCUCCUGGACGACUGACCCGGCCGGGCUCUGUUUCCCAGGGAAGCAGGAAGUUGCAAUCGAAAGGCGGCGGCGGCGCUGGGGGCGUUGCAGAAGCGCCCUGCCCCCUCUUCCGCGGAGGGAAACGCUCCUGCGGAGGCGAGAGGCAGCGAGGAGGCGACGAGAUGAUGGGCAGAAUAAUGGGAAUUCUAUGCUGUCGUCAGAAACUCCUGCAGCUGAAGAAGGAAAAGAGAUGGUUGCAGAUGAAAGUGAACUUAAGAAGCACGGAGAAGAGAAAUCCUCACCGUCUCUGGAGGUUAAUGCCCGUGAACCCCAAAUCCUGCAGGAAGAUGGACAAGGAAACAGCCAGAAAAUAUGCCCUGUGUGUGGGAAGAUAUUUAGAUACGAGUCAAAGUUAAAUAGGCAUUGCAGAAGCCACACGGGGGAGAAGCCAUUUAAGUGCACUGAGUGUGGACGGACCUUCAAUCAGCUCAUUAAUCUGACUUCACAUAGCAUUAUCCACACAGAGGAGAAGCUAUUUAAAUGCAUGGAAUGUGGGAAGUGCUUUGGCGACAGCAGCGGCCUUACUCAACAUCAGAGAACCCACACAGGGGAGAAACCAUUUAAAUGUACAGAGUGUGGAAAGGGUUUCAAGCAGCCCAACCACCUUACUAUACACUACAGAACGCACACCGGGGAGAAGCCAUUCAAAUGCAUGGAAUGCGGGAAGAACUUCAGCCAGCUGGUUAACCUUACUUCCCAUCAGAGAAUACACACCGGGGAGAAACCCUUUAAAUGCAUGGAAUGCGGGAAGAGCUUCACUGAUAGUAGCGGCCUUGCUCAACAUCAGAGAACCCACACAGGGGAGAAACCCUUUAAAUGCACAGAGUGCGGAAAGCGCUUCCAACAGCCCAGCCGCCUUACUCUACAUUAUAGAAUCCACACGGGGGAGAAGCCAUUUAAGUGCACGGAGUGUGGAAAGAGCCUGAGCUCCAGCUGCAGCCUUCUUAAACAUCUAAGAAGCCACACCGGCCUGAAACCGUUUAAAUGCAUGGAGUGUGGAAAGAGUUUCCGUGAGAGCAGUACCCUCCUUACGCAUACGAGAACGCACACUAGGGAGAAACCAUUUAAAUGCACGGAAUGUGGGAAAACCUUCAGUAGGAACACGCAACUUACUUUGCAUCAGAGAACACACACAAGAGAGAAGCCAUUUAAGUGCUUUGAGUGUGGACGGACCUUCAAUCAGCUCAUUAAUCUGACUUCACAUAGCAUUAUCCACACAGAGGAGAAGCUAUUUAAAUGCAUGGAAUGUGGGAAGUGCUUUGGCGACAGCAGCGGCCUUACUCAACAUCAGAGAACCCACACAGGGGAGAAACCAUUUAAAUGUACAGAGUGUGGAAAGGGUUUCAAGCAGCCCAACCACCUUACUAUACACUACAGAACGCACACCGGGGAGAAGCCAUUCAAAUGCAUGGAAUGCGGGAAGAACUUCAGCCAGCUGGUUAACCUUACUUCCCAUCAGAGAAUACACACCGGGGAGAAACCCUUUAAAUGCAUGGAAUGCGGGAAGAGCUUCACUGAUAGUAGCGGCCUUGCUCAACAUCAGAGAACCCACACAGGGGAGAAACCCUUUAAAUGCACAGAGUGCGGAAAGAGCUUCCAACAGCCCAGCCGCCUUACUCUACAUUAUAGAAUCCACACCGGGGAAAAGCCAUUUAAAUGCCUGGACUGUGGGAAGAGCUUCAGGCAGCUCAUUAACCUUGCUUCCCAUCGCAGGACCCACACAGGGGAGAAACCCUUUGAGUGCAGGGAGUGUGGGAAGAGGUUUUGUAACAGCAGCAACCUCAAUUCUCAUAGCAGAACACACACUGGGGAGAAACCGUUUAAAUGUGCAGAAUGUGGGAGGAGCUUCGCAAAGAAGAAAAGCCUUACUUUACACCACAAAAAACACACAGAAGGAACCAUUUAGAUGUGUUGGACGUGGGAAAAAGCUUCUGUAAGCUCAGCUUACUUUCCAUCACGGGACACAGCUUUCUGGGUGGGGAAAGCUUUUACGUGCAGAGAAUGUGGAAGGCUUAGUGUGAGCAGUAGCCUUCCUUCAAAUCGAAGAAGACACACAGAGGAUAAUGAGCACAUAAAGAAGUGUCUUGGUGGAUCAGGCCCAUAGUCUAUUUAGUCCAGCGUCUGAUUUUCACAACCAGUAAACACAUUUGAAUGUAGAGUGAAGAAAGAGUUUAGUGUUAGCAAUGUCCUUCCUUUACAUCAAAGAAUGCCCAGUGUGGAGUUUUCUUGAGGGUACAGCCCCUACUGUAGAAAGUACUCCUCUUUCUCUUCCUCAAAGGACCCACAAAGAGAAGGAAACCUAUAACUGUAUGAAAUGGGAAAAGCGCUUCAGGGACAGGAGUUACCUUCCACGAAAGAAUGCACCCAGCAGGAAUCCCAAC